GUCGGAGUCUCCACCACAUACAGACAUCACAGAGAUCCUUCACUUUGUUUCUGCAUUUUACAAUUAACAAUUUAAUAACCAAAAAACAUUAAUAAAUAUUUAAAUAAUCCUCUUUAAAAAUAAAUAAUUUAAUAAAAAAAAAUCCUAGGAGCUAUAUCUGAUAGGUGAGGUAGCUAGGGUUUUUUUAAUUAUUUUGAAAAGAUAUAUAAUAAAAAAGGGGCAAGUGAUGAUUGAGGAUGACAAUGGAAGGCAUUACAAGUAAAAAAGUUGUGAUUUUUGAUAAUAAUAAUAAUAAUAAUAAAAAUGGAAAUGGAAAUGGAAAUUCCACAUCAGCAGCAGCAUCAACAUCAUCAUCUGGUGGUGAUGGGAAACCUCCAAAAUCUGUUAAUAAAUCUCUUGUGCGUCACCCUUCUCUCGUGAGGAGAAGGAUAUCAGAGGCAUCUGUUGAACCAAUAAUUAAUCCUGAUGAUUGUAAAUCUGGGUUCUUACCGCUACUACGGUCAGGAGCAUGGGCAGACAUAGGCUUCCGUGGGAGCAUGGAGGAUGUAUAUAUUUGUGCGGAUAGCUACGUGCAUGACUAUGGUGGAAAGAAUCCAAUUGAAGGACCUGGUGCCUUUUAUGCGGUUUUCGAUGGACACGGAGGAAAACAUGCAGCUGACUUUGCAUGCCACCAUCUACCAAGAUUUAUCUUUGAGGAUGAUGACUUCCCUAUGGAGAUAGAGAGGGUGAUUGCAUCUGCAUUUGCUCAGACUGACAAUUCUUUUGCUGAAGCUUGCACUUUGGAUGCUGAUCUUGCAUCUGGUACAACUGCAUUGGCAGCUCUUGUUAUUGGGAGCUCUUUGGUUGUGGCAAAUGCUGGUGACUGUCGAGCAGUUUUAUGCCGCCGUGGUAAAGCAAUUGACAUGUCUAGGGACCACAAACCCAUCUGCAUUAGAGAAAAAAAGCGUAUAGAAGCUUCUGGAGGAUAUGUUUAUGAUGGGUAUCUCAAUGGGCAACUUAAUGUUGCUCGUGCUAUUGGAGACUGGCACAUGGAUGGACUCAAGAACCAAGAUGGCGGCCCCCUCAGUUCUGAACCUGAGUUCAUGACCACAAAACUGACUGAAGAGGAUGAGUUCCUCAUCAUUGGCUGUGAUGGAAUAUGGGACGUUUUCAUGAGUCAAAAUGCAGUUGACUUUGCCAGAAGAAAACUGCAAGAACACAAUGAUCCAGUUUUAUGUUGCAAAGAAUUAGUCGAUGAGGCACUCAAAAGAAGAAGUGGAGAUAAUUUAUCUGCUGUUGUGGUUUGCUUUCAAUCUCGACCGCCCCCGAAUUUGAUUGCUCCACGGGGGAGAGUACAGAGGAGUGUAUCUGCUGAGGGGUUGAAGGAGUUGCAGAGCUUUUUGGAUGGUUUGGAAACUUAAAGAUGGUAUUUCUUUCUGUCCGUUCGUCUCUUUCUCUGUGUUUUGUUUCUCCAGGGGUCGUGUUUCAGUUUUGUUAAUUAUACAGUUUUAUUUUUAAUUAGAUGUUGAGAGAGAAUUAAUUGAACUGUAACAUAUGCGGCCAACAUAGUUUUACCGGAGUUUUGAUGUUCUAUUCUUGGUUUCAAUCUAGUUGAAAGAUUAAUGCUGUCUGUUUUGUAGCUUGAAUGUUGUUGACUAAUAGUUACAUUGAUCUUUAAAAUACUUAAGAUGUAUGGUUGCUUUUGUA